GUGACGUCACGAGCGAGCUUUUCUACCCAAAUACGCUGCGGGGGAAUAGGCUCGAGGGCGGUGACCAGUGACAAUUGCUAAGCGGAGACAUUGCAGGGAAGAGAGACCUUAGAAAGGAUCAGGACUGGCGGGAGGUAUUUAACUGAAAGGAAUAUCUGCUUCACUGUUGCAACCAAACCAGAUGCCUUCUUCCACUUCACCAGACCAAGGAGAUGACCUGGAGAACUGCAUUUUAAGAUUUUCUGACCUGGAUUUAAAAGAUAUGAGUCUUAUUAAUCCCAGCAGCAGUCUUAAAGCAGAAUUAGAUGGCAGUACAAAAAAGAAAUACUCGUUUGCAAAGAAAAAGGCCUUUGCCCUUUUUGUCAAAACCAAAGAAGUUCCAACAAAAAGGAGUUUUGAAUGUAAAGAAAAAUUGUGGAAAUGCUGUCAGCAGCUAUUCACAGACCAAACCAGCAUCCAUAGACAUGUGGCAACACAACAUGCUGAUGAAAUUUAUCACCAGACAGCUUCUAUUUUAAAGCAACUGGCUGUGACAUUGAGCACCUCAAAGAGUCUUUCGUCUGCAGAUGAAAAGAACCCUUUAAAAGAGUGCCUUCCACAUAGCCAUGACGUGUCUGCUUGGCUCCCUGAUAUAAGCUGCUUUAACCCUGAUGAGCUGAUAAGUGGCCAGGGCAGUGAAGAAGGGGAGGUGCUCCUUUAUUACUGCUACCAUGACCUGGAGGAUCCCCAAUGGAUCUGUGCCUGGCAGACAGCUCUGUGUCAGCACCUGCACCUCACAGGCAAGAUUCGAAUUGCUGCAGAAGGAAUCAAUGGGACAGUUGGUGGAAGCAAAUUGGCUACCAGACUUUAUGUGGAAGUCAUGCUUUCCUUCCCAUUGUUUAAGGAUGACCUGUGUAAAGAUGAUUUUAAGACCAGCAAAGGAGGAGCUCACUGUUUUCCAGAAUUGCGUGUUGGUGUAUUUGAAGAAAUUGUGCCCAUGGGGAUCAGCCCCAAAAAGAUCUCCUACAAGAAGCCUGGAAUCCAUUUAUCCCCAGGUGAAUUUCAUAAAGAAGUAGAAAAGUUUUUAUCUCAGGCAAAUCAAGAACAAAAUGAUACUAUCCUUCUUGAUUGCAGAAACUUCUAUGAAAGCAAAAUAGGACGAUUCCAAGGCUGCUUAGCCCCAGACAUCAGGAAAUUCAGUUACUUCCCUAGCUACGUUGACAAAAAUCUAGAACUUUUCAGAGAGAAGAGAGUGCUGAUGUACUGCACCGGGGGCAUCCGUUGUGAGCGGGGUUCAGCCUACCUCAAAGCCAAGGGAGUGUGCAAGGAGGUGUUCCAGCUCAAGGGUGGCAUCCACAAGUACCUGGAAGAGUUUCCUGAUGGCUUUUACAAAGGGAAGUUGUUUGUUUUUGAUGAACGCUAUGCUCUGUCCUACAACAGUGAUGUGGUGUCAGGUCAGGCACAGAGGCUCAUGCCUGUAAUCCCAUCACUUUUGGAGGCCAAGAGUGUUCAUACUGUGGAGCCCACUGGGACCAGUAUAAACUCUGCUCUACUCCCCAGUGCCGCCAGCUCGUUUUGACCUGCACUGCCUGUCAAGGACAAGGAUUCACAGCCUGUUGUGUCACAUGUCAAGACAAAGGGAGCAGGAAAGUUUCAGGCCCUAUGCAAGACAGCUUUAAAGAGGAAUGCGAGUGCACAGCCCGACGGCCACGCAUACCUAGGGAACUCUUGCAGCAUGUGCGACAGCCUGUGAGCCCAGAGCCAGGACCUGAUGCUGAUGAGGAUGGGCCAGUGCUUAUGUGAGCAGCACCUUUGGCAUUUUCCCAGGCCCUCGGUAAAAGUAGGUUUGGGGUGACUUACAGAGAAGAAAGCAUGGCAAGACUGCAGAAACAGAGAAAUCGGGAACUUCAGUUCUGGCCACUGCCACCGUGGCAGCCGUCUACACUUCACAGCGGGAGGGGAGGAGUCACGUUGUCUACCACUUACCUGAGACAUUCUGAUUUGGAUGAUGCUAGAGCACAGAAAAUAGGUGAGCUGCAUGGGAUCCCAAAGCUGCUGAGGGAUAGAGCCUGAGCCUGGUGGCCACAGCAUAUGCCCUUUCUGUGCCAUGCAGCUGGGGCUGUUAGUAGUCAUUGCCCUUGUCAGCAGACCUUCUACCCUGGUGGCAAAUACGUGAAAGCUGUGGCCCUGGGAGUGGCCUCCUAAAACAAGCCACUUAGGUCAUCUGCCAUCUACCCUUAACCUCUGUCUCUCGCCUGAGGGGAAUCUGCAAGCUGUGCAUUGGGCUUACCUCCUGCUUUUGUAGAAAUAACCAUCCUUUGGUAUACAUGGAGGAUAGUUCCAGAACGCCUGAGUAUACAAAAACCCAAUGCAUACUCAAGUCCCACAGUGGGCCCUACAGAACCCAUGUAUGUGAUAAAUCAGCCCUCCAUGUAUGCAGGUUUCGCCCCCUGCCAGUACUGUAUUUUCAACCUGUAUGGUUGAAAAAAAUCCAUAUAUAAGUGCAGCCAUGCAGUUCAAACCCAUAUUGUUCAAGGGUCAACUGUAUAGUUUAUUGAACAGCCACACCCAUUCCUUUACACAUGAUCUAUGGCAGAGUUGAAUAGUUGCAACAGACACUAUGUGGCCUGCAAAAUCGGAAAUAUUUACUGUCUGGCCUUUUACAGAAAAGUUUGCCAGCCCCUGAUCUAGACCAGCAGCUCAUCUGAUAGAGGCAGAGGUGGCCUUAAAGAUGUGGCCUUCUUCCUUUUCUGUUGGUUUGGUUUCGUUUCUGUGAGAGAUUUCCUCUAAUAGCUCUGCUUUCCCCAGCACUUACUCUCUGAGCUUUUAAAUGUUCUCUCUGGGAGCUUCAUAUAAGCUCGGUGACAUUUGAGCCACAGUUUUUAGAUCAGCACCUGGAAUACAUGACACAUUCUUACUGAGGUCAUCCAGCAGUGCCAUGGUGGCUGCCCAGUCUUCUGGCCAGUGUGCCAGGCACAUGUCCCUGUCACACAGGUUCCAAGAAACACAUACGCAGCCAUACAUAGACCAACAGAUUUAAUAUUAUAUUGCAGUUUUCAGCAAUGCAGAAUGCAGCUGCAAUUGUGUUUUAAGGAGAAGCCAAGUGGGGAUGGUUGUCCCUGCAACAUGGUGCCACUCCUGGGCCAUGUGCAGCCUCAGUGGACACUCUUCCAUAGUGCUGAGGCCCUGGCCCCGCCUCCAGUUACCCUGUACUGCCCACUGCCUUACAGUUCAGUGCGCAGGCCUUCACCUUUUCAUCACCAGCCUCUCUGCUCAGUGCUCUGGAGUUCUUGACCUUGUCCUUUAUCAUGAGAUUUGCUGAAAUCACUAAUGAAAAUAACUCCCAAAAGCAACAAACAAAAAUAUUAGUUUAACUGGCACUGUGGUAUAUUAAAAGGCACAAGGGCAUUGUGGCUUAACACUUUUGCUGGAUCCCAAGAGACGCACAUGAUGUUAAAAAGAGAUCUGGCAGCAGUACUAAUACUACAUUUCAGUAUAAUCAUCUUGGGGUGGUUUGGCCAGGAUUUCCCAAUUCCUUGAUAUCUGGAGUUUCUUCACCAUUGUCCUUGCAUCCUGCAGAGGCUUAAUAUACAGGCGUAAGGUCAGCAGCAAUUUGUCUAAUAAGUGAUGAGAUCAGUAGCUGAAGUUUCUAAGCUGGGCCAUUACUAAAUACCAUAGCCAUGUUGAUCUGGAAAUUUAUCCCUCUAGUGUCUUACCUCACAUAAGCCAUUUGCCCACUGUGCAAUAUAGAAAGGUGUUUUCAAGUAUUUGGCCGUAGAUUUUCACAUCCAUCAUAAGGUUGGCAUUCAAUAAGGAAAAAGUUCUAACUCUAGUAUUAAAUUGUACAUAAAUCCCAAAUGUUCUUAAAGAACACUCAGGGACAUGUUUGUUGCCUGGGAUUGGUAAUGAAAGGUUGGUUUUUGAAACUUGAAAUUUCACCAUUGGUUUUUUUCCUAUUAUUUCUGCGUAUCCAGCAAAAGGAAUCUCAUGUUGACUCCUGGCAGAGUUCGGUGGCUUCAGUCUGUCUAUCUGUCCUGAGGGGAAAAUUGUGUUCUGGAUCCAGUAAUCAAUUUGGCAACUUUAAUCUUGAGGUUUUCAAAAUUCCAAGGAGGGUUAAUAAAGAAUGAUAAUCAGUUUUAUUUGCUAAUAGCUAAGACAAAUUUGUAAUAAAGUGUUUUAUAAUACUUCAAAA